GUGUGUAUGUCUGUGGACGAGAGAGAAAGAGAGACUCCCUCCCUCUCUCUCUCUCUCCCUAGCUGAUGGACUCUCUCGUUGCUGAUCUCUCCUUACCUGGAUGCCUGUCCUCAGUGGGGUUGAUCCGCUCGGCUUGCCAGAACAUUUGGUCUGCUUAAUCCCCCUCUGACGCCCACAUUUGAGGGGCCAAGAGGCAAAAGAAGAAGAAGGGAAGGGGGAAAAAAUGACCAGGGAGCAAAUAAACAAAUGAGUAGCAGCUAUGGAAUGAAACAUUGACUAAUUCUGGGCUUGACCUUCCACGGCAGAAUGAAUCAGCAAAAUCAACAACCUGCCAAACCCCACCGGUUCCUGGUCAUACCAAAUUGCUGAUCCCUUCCAUAUCUCUUGAUAGCUGAAAGAAGUAAAACAGAUGAUAAGGCAGCGCUGAGCUUUUUUAAAAGUACUAUACAAUGGUUCUCUGGGAGGAUACCAUUCCUAAUUGACAACAACGCCAGCAGAGAGCUUUCUCAGAAUCGGGGCAUUUUUAUUGUACAUCAAGACAGUCUCCAAAGGAGAAGCUAUGCUUGUGUAGCUAGCAGCACAAACUGGACAACUAAAAUAAGAAAUAGCGUAUAGUACGUUAGAGUAUAAAAACCACACACUGUGCUAAAUAUAUCUAGACAUAUACACUCAAAAUGGAUGAUGGCCAAAGAAACAAAGUGAACCAAGUUUCUGAUGAUUACCGGUACCAAGAUGGCGGCUAUGGAGGUUAUGCUCCCAAUGAUGGAUAUUAUCAAAGUGGGGAGGAGCCUGGUCAAGAGGAAGAUGCUCAAAGUGAUGCUACUGAAGGGCACGAUGAAGAUGAUGAAGUCUAUGAAGGAGAGUACCAGGGCAUCCCUCACCCAGAUGACCUCAAGAAGCAGAAGAAGAAGAAAGCCCCAGAGGUGGCUGAUGAGUUCAGAGACCACGCCGACCUCAUGGCGGAGAAGAUGGAGGACGAGGAGCAGCUGGCCCACCAGUACGAAAACAUCAUUGAGGAAUGCGGUCAUGGACGCUUCCAAUGGAUGCUGUUUACUGUCCUCGGCUUGGCACUGAUGGCAGAUGGGGUGGAGGUCUUUGUGGUUGGCUUCGUUCUACCCAGCGCUGAGAAGGAUAUGUGCUUGUCACGCUCCAACAAAGGAAUGCUAGGACUGAUUGUCUACCUGGGCAUGAUGCUGGGGGCUAUUAUGUGGGGUGGCCUGGCAGACAAACUGGGCCGGAAGAAAUGCCUCAUCCUGUCUCUCUCCAUCAAUGCAUCUUUUGCGUUCCUGUCCUCGUUUGUACAGGGAUAUGGAUUCUUCCUCUUCUGUCGCCUUAUCUCUGGUUUCGGAAUUGGAGGGACUCUCCCCAUUGUCUUUGCCUAUUUCUCUGAAUUCCUGUCUCGUGAGAAGAGAGGGGAGCAUCUGAGCUGGCUCUGCAUGUUCUGGAUGAUUGGAGCCCUCUACGCCUCCAUCAUGGCCUGGAGCAUCAUCCCGCAUUACGGAUGGGGUUUCAGUAUGGGGACCAGCUACCACUUCCACAGCUGGAGAGUUUUCGUGGUUGUCUGCUCUCUGCCCUGCAUCGCAUCUCUGAUUGCCCUGAAGUUCAUGCCAGAAAGCCCACGGUUUUUGCUAGAGAUAGGCAAGCACGAUGAAGCCUGGAUGAUCCUCAAGCAAGUCCACGACACCAACAUGAGGGCCAAAGGCGAGCCAGAGAGGGUGUUUACGGUAGCCAACAUUAAAACUCCAAAGCAGAUAGACGAAUUCAUUGAAAUACAGUGUUCUACUGGGAAGUGGUACCAGCGUUCUUUUGUUAGAGUGACAACCACCUUAAAACAGGUUAUGGACAAUGUAAUAUACUGUUUGACAGCCCAGUACAGAAUGAACACGCUUCUCCUGGCAAUUGUGUGGUUCUCAAUGGCCUUAAGUUACUACGGCCUUAUCGUCUGGUUCCCUGACAUGAUACGGUACUACCAAGAAGAAGUGUAUAAGUCCCGCGAGAAAGUCUUCAAUGGGGAAUCAGUCAAGGAUAUCACCUUCAACUUCACCUUGGAAAACCAAAUCCACCGGAAUGGGACAUAUUUCAAUGACAAGUUCAUCAAAAUGAAGUUCCGAGAUGUGACUUUUGAGGACUCUGUGUUUGAGGAAUGCUACUUUGAAGAUGUGACAUCGAGCGAGACCUUUUUCAAGAACUGCACCAUUAUAAAAACUGUCUUCUUUAACACAGACCUCUACAAGCAUAAAUUUGUCGAAUGCAAGUUUGUGAAUGCCACCUUCUUGGAGCAGAAGAAGGGCUGCCACAUGGAUUUUGAGAGGGACAACGACUUCCUGGUUUACCUCGUCGGCUUCUUAGGCAGUCUCUCGGUCUUGCCAGGCAACAUUAUCUCAGCCCUGCUGAUGGACAAAAUAGGUCGGAUCAAGAUGAUUGGGGGUUCCAUGCUGAUCUCUGCCGUGUGCUGCUUCUUCCUGUUUUUUGGCAACAGCGAGUCGGCCAUGAUUGGCUGGCAGUGCCUAUUUUGUGGUACCAGCAUUGCUGCCUGGAAUGCCCUGGACGUGAUCACUGUGGAGCUGUACCCCACACAUAAAAGAGCCACAGCCUUUGGCAUCCUCAACGGGCUCUGCAAAAUUGGGGCCAUCUUCGGGAACGCUAUCUUUGCCUCCUUUGUUGGGAUAACCAAAGUGGUCCCCAUCCUCCUGGCAUCCUCCGCUCUGGUGGCAGGAGGCCUCCUUGCCCUGAGGCUGCCAGAGACUCGAGACCAAGUCCUGAUGUGAGCCGCCCAAAGGGACAAAGGAAACGUCAACAGACAGAUGCAUUUAGAAGAAAAUCGGGGGAAAGCCUGUCAAUAUUUCUCUGCCGAUACCUCAGAUCUGAGGAGGGAGGGGGAGGAAGAGGCACCCCGCUGAGAUAACAUUAACCCCUUAGUUCUAGGACUGUUGUGAAGUGGUGAUGGAGCCCGCUUGUCUAGGGCUGCACCCGCACGCACACACCCUGAGCUUUGCUCAUUGCUUCAAAGCUAUCACUUGUUAGGGGGUGAAGCCCCAUUUCCCCUCUGAAUGUGUGUGAACAUCUCAGGCACUAAACCAGUAACAGCAGAAGAAGCUGCCUCGUGAUUGUGCAUGUUUGUCUAGAUGUGUGCAUUGUGACGGGUGGCACUGGGAAGUGAGUCAUUCCUCACACAAGUGACCCUCUCAGAGCUCAGCUGAAUGGCUUGAUGUCUACAUUUCUAUAGCUUUCCGGGCAAUUAGCAAAAAGAAAAGGGGGGGAUGAAUAUAGUUUUAAAACUGAAGCCCAAUCACCAAUGGUAGCUGGUCCUCAAGAGAGAUCAGAAACCAGAUGGUUUAUUCAGGGGCAAGGCUACCCUUUUGGGGAGUCAACAGCCAUUGACUUACAUUUUGCGGAGGGCGGCCUCAUAUUUUGAGAACUGGGACACCCAACAUAGCGUGUUGUGUUUCCACAAGGAAAGCCGCUGAUCCUUUCAUACAUCGGACCUCCAAGUUGUCUAAAGCAACCAUCACCACCUCUCUCUCAUAAGUAUGCAAGGGAAUCUGUCAGAGAUUCUGCACACACACUUUCCAUUUCAUUCUCAUCAAGCAGUUUUCAAAACACAGAGAGAUAUUCCAACUGUCCACAAUAAUUUUAACAGGAUCUAAUGAGAGAGGAAGGCUAACACAAGUUUAAGCCAUCGGUCAGUAUUUCAAAUGUGUCGAGUUUGGGGGCAUCACUAUAUUAAAAGAGUAUAAAUUGUUGUUGGUUUUGAUCUACCUAGUUUCAUUCAUGUUUCGUUCCUUGAGCAUCUUAUGAUUCCUGAAACCAAAUAUGUACAUAUCCUGCAGUGUAAAUAGAGCGCUUUUGGGGGGAGGGGGAUAUUUGAUCAAGUCUAGAGUAUGGUAUCUGCAGGAAUUUACCAGUAUUAUAGCCAUAUUAACAAAUGAUAAAUGUCUGAGUUACUUAUAUGUAGAAUGCCAUCUUACUGGAACACUCUAAAGCACAGUUUGGGGAGUAGCCAUUUAAAUUGUUUUUUGGGAUAUUUGCACUCGACAAAAGGUUGUCAUGGCAUGGCUGGAUCUGCCCCUUCAGCCAAGGUUAAAAGGAAAAAAAGAAUAAGAAAGCCUUCAGGUUUCAAGACUUGUUGGUCUUGAAGUGUCUUAUACUCAAGAGUUCUGAGCUUGGCUGUGGAAUGGGACGGACCAUGUUUUGUGGCAAAAGCAAAGAGCAACAUCGCUGGCAUCUGGCAUCAAGAAUGGCUGGAUGGUAGACCAAAGGAUGCUGAGCACUGCUUUGAGCUGUUGUUGAUGAGGCCAUGAGGACUCUGAGGAAGAAAAGAUGGAAGAUACGAUGCACCUUGAUGCUUUUAUGAGAUGUCCUUUCCCAACGGGGAGCCAAAGACUCUCCCCAACAAAGGCUUUGCUUCUAUACUAAUUCAUCUAAAAUGGAUGGAGGCUUUGCUAUGAAGGAUUUCCUUCAUUGGAGAUGAUAGUGUUUUAAAAAUAAAUAAAUAAAUAAUAAUAAUAAUCAGGAAAAAUGAGCCAUCCUCAGAGAGCUGCAGUGCAAACUAGCCUCUCAUUACGUAAUAACUCUUCUUCGGGCAUAGACAGAGUUGAAAAUCAGCUGAUUUAUGCACAUUCUCAGAUUGCAUGGACCACUUCAUUCUACUCAAUGAGCUUUAAAGCCCUGGUUGCUUCCUUCCUGGCGUUAAGAGAGAGAAAAAAAGCCAUAUUGUGUUUUCCAUCCUUAGAGAAAAAAGGACAGGGCUGGUUGCAAAUGCAGACCUGCAUUUCUCUGUUUUCCUCUUCUGACUCUGCAUCUAUAUGGACGCCUUCAUAUCUGUGUUGACACUUCCUCCUGAUAGCUGUGGGAUCUGGGGCUAUAGCAUAAUAUGUACAGAAGACAUGUAUUCAAUAGAUGUUGUCACCAUCCAUGAACCUGCAUUAUAAAAUUCUUUUUUGGGGGUGGGGGUGGGGGAAGGAUCAAAUGUCAUGAAAACGCUGUUUUGUAAUCCUUUGUCAACCUCCACUGAAUGUGUCCACUACUUUGAAGAAAUUCAUGUCAUGCAAUGAAAUUGCAAUAAAUGUAAACCA